CUUCAUCACAGUGCAACGGAUUCAGUGCUAUUGCUAAGCCAUAUCCAUGGCUUCUUCAGAGGGAAUGAGUUUGGGGCAAAGGGUAUCUGAAAAGGUUAUUUCUUUAUACAAUUCUCUUCCAAAAAAAGGAAAACCUCAAGGUCGUGAAGUCACUGUUUUGGCUGCUUUUCUUCUCUCUUCUCCUUCCAAUGAGUUGAAGGUUGUUGCACUUGGAACUGGAACAAAGUGUAUUGGACGUUCUCUUUUGCGUCCUUUUGGUGAUGUUGUUCAUGAUUCUCACGCUGAAGUUAUAGCUAGAAGAGCUUUGAUCAGGUUCUUCUAUACACAGAUUCAAUAUCUUUCUGAAACUAGUAACAAGUCUGCACCUAGCAGUGGAGGCAAACGGUUGAAAGUUGAUGAUAGCAACUUAGCGUUUGAGUUGGACACAGGGUGUCUUAAUAGAAGGAAAUAUACCUUGAGAAAGGGUUGGAAAUUACAUAUGUACAUAUCACAGUUACCAUGUGGAGAUGCUUCACUGAGCUCGCUUGUCACUCCUUCGGAAAGUGUGCCUUUAAGAGAAAGUGAUUCACAUUCAUCAUUAAUUCAUUGUUCAAAACAAAUGGGGAUGGUCCAGAGGAAGCCAGGCCGUGGAGAUACGACCCUGUCAGUUAGUUGUUCUGACAAGAUCGCACGUUGGAACGUUGCUGGUGUUCAAGGAGCAUUGCUUUCCUACUUUCUCCAACCUGUAUAUCUUUCGUCAAUUACUGUUGGUCUUCCCCAUAACAGUCCUGAAAGUUUUCAUUUCGAAGAUAAUUUGAAAAGAGCUUUGUAUGAUCGUAUCGCACCUUUGGAGAACGAGCUUACAUCUCCAUUUGUAGUGAACCAGCCGCUAUUUCAGGCUGCACCGGUACCACCAAAGGAUUUUCAACAAUCCGAGAGUUCGGCUAAUAAUUUAACAUGCGGGUAUUCUAUAUGUUGGAAUGAAUGUGGCUUGCAUGAAGUUACUCUUGGAACUACUGGAAGAAAGCAAGGAACUUCUGCAAAAGGGGCACUCUACCCAUCAACAGAGUCAUUGUUAUGCAAAAAGAGGUUGUUAGAGGUUUUCUUGUCUCUGAGAAAAGAGUGUUUGACAGAGUGCCUUGACAACGAGAUUACGUACCGAGAACUUAAGGAUGGAGCUGAAGAAUAUCAUUUAGCUUCCAAGAUUUUUAAAGGGAAACCACCUUUUAGCAACUGGUUCGUGAAACCGUUGGACUGUGAGAAAUUCUCCAUUUCAAAAUAAUUAUACAUCUAAGCUUCGUUUGUGAGGGUGGUUUUGGAGGAAAGAAAAGGGAUAGUCUCAAACAUAGCCUAAAUUACGUAUCUCAAGCUGAAAAUAUAUUUUUGGUUAUGCUAAUUGAAUUGCAUGCAAAAAAUAUUGUUUUAAUUUGAAUGUAACAUUUCCAUUGUAUACUACCAAAUAGGGCAAAAUUAAGUUGGACAAUUAUGUAAAUGCUCUUAAUGUUUUUAAAGACUUCUGUUUUGAAUUUACCAUGUGUGAAAUGAACAUCUAAGGAGCUUUAUUUGUGAUACUCUA